AUGUCUAGAAGACCAGCACCGUCCGGCGGCAAUGCCCUGCCCCCUCAAAACCGCCAGAAUGAGUACUUUGUGCCAAGGGAUGGCAUCGAUCGUGAAGUCAUCACGGCUGACAUUUGUCGCUACCUUGGGAACGACGCUCUUGUUCGGCCCGGCACGUACGAGAACCCCCAGAACGGUCAGGUCAUUCAGGGCUACUACAUAAAUGCCUAUCGUAAUUUAACGACGGCUAUGAUCGAAGACCUGAAGGCAGAUUCCGCGCGAUGGGAACAAGAAAGGCGGCAACAAUCGGCGAGCCGUAACAACGCCGCCGGAGGUACUAUUACCUCGAGAGAUUCGAACAGCGCUUAUGCCAGACUCUCUAACUCCCCUAUAGUCCAGUACCGCAAUUCGGAUACGCAUCAGUCCCGCCAGUACUACGGUCCGACUGAGAGUGGAUUUGCAGCGGGAGCCCCUAACCGCGACCCAUAUGGUGAUUCUACACCCAGAUAUCCAGGAACCGGUUCCGGAGGUUAUACAGGAGCCGCUGGCUCUUACACGGCCCCUCAGUAUCCUCAGGGUGGGUAUAGCACUCAGCAGGGAUAUACUACCCAGGCAUCGCAAUUCCAGCCCCCGUCUGCAAGUGUGACUUAUCCCCCGAUGCCCGCGCAAGGAUUUGACCAGCCCGGCCAGGACGUCCCUUACCAGGUGGUUGGAGCACAUCGGCACGCGGUGCCAACACCGUAUAAUGAUCCGUAUCCCGGCUCAAGAGUAGACCCCAGGGAUCAAAGGACUUCUAUGACCACAUUACCGCCUAGUGGAACAACUUACGCGACCUCAGGAGCGCCCGUACCGCAAAGUUAUCCGGCUUCGGCGUCUGGCGGCGGCUAUUACCCUUCGAACCCUUCGCCCUCAAACCCGCCCUACCCAGCCGCGCAGCCUCAAGACCCAUUCCUCGGACGCGGUGCGUACACUAGUGGUUUCUGA